AUGCCAAUAAGAGAAGCCAAACUAGAGUUGAGAGUUGGAGGAAUGCAUGAUCCCGCUAAGAAGCAAAUGGUCUCUACUGCAAUGAGCUCAAGGAAUGAAACAAAAAUGGAAGUAGUUUUGGACAAUCCUUUGAUGGAUUAUGAGAAGGUAGAUCUUGAACAAGCCCCAACACAUAUAGACACUCGGUCCCAAGCAGGAGAAAAGGUAAAUGACUUUGAAGUAGAUAAAGAUUUCUUAGCUAAGCCUGGCAAGAAACUAGUGAUGAAAGAAGUGGAAUAUCUUCUGAGAGCUGGAUUAGCUAAACCAAGCAAGUCACCAUGGGCGUCUCCCUGUUUAUUGGUACCAAAUGAGGAUGGCAGCAUGCGACUGUGUACAGACUACAGGAGAGUAAAUUCUGCUACUGUUAAGGAUAGUUGCCCUUUACCCCGUCUAGAUGACCUUAUAGACUCUGUGGGCCAAGCAAAGUAUGUAGCUAAGAUAGAUCUCCUCAAGGGGUAUUAUCAGGGUCUAGAGGGAGUAUUUGCAUAUCUAGAUGAUAUAUUGGUGAUGGGAGAUUCUUGGGAAGAGCUUAUGAAACUUUUGAAUAUGCUCUUUGAUAGAUUAAGAGAAGCCCAGUUAACAAUAAAUUUACAAAAAUGUGUUUUUGGUCAAGCUACAGUUACUUACUUGGGACAUAUUGUGGGUGGAGACACUUGCGACACGGGAGCUGGAGGAGUGUUGCUGCAGGAAAUUGAUGGGGUACUCCACCCAAUAGGAUACACCUCCAGUAGCUUCAAGCCUCAUCAGCUGUCCUACAGUACCAUAGAGAAGGAGCUUUUAACUCCCGUCAUCCAUGUCUAUACGGACCACAACCCCCUCACCUUUCUUGAGCACACCAAGGCCCAUAAUCAGUGCUUACUAAGAUGGGCGUUAUAUCUUCAAAACUUCAACCUUCAAAUAAAGCACCUCAAGGGCAGCGACAACGUAUUUGCUGAUGCCUUGUCACAGGCCCAUUCUCAACCUUCUCAGGAGGUGUAA